AUGCCGCGCGGCUUUCUCCUCCAGCGCUACACCAGGCACAACUCGGACGGCGAAGACAACAGGUCCGACUCGUCAUCUUCAGACCACGAUGAUCUGCCACAGUCCCCACGCUCCAAGGCGUCCACGGGGUCCGAGUCUCUCUUGUUCACCGCGACCGCCUUACUGCAGCCUACCGUUUCCUCACCGCCGCCUUCGAACCAGACGAACUCGAAAACAGCGCCGAACCUUCAGCCACCGCCCCUGGUACACCACGCUAGUCCUCCGCGUAAACCGGCCGGCUCAAAGACAGCCACGACUCCGACGUCGGCGGGCAAGUCUGCCGUGAGGCGACUCCUGUUCGACGACGACAACCUGUCUCCCGUCUCGGGAACUUUCAUCCGACCGUUCGACGACGACGAAGACCUGGACCUCGACGAAGAACUGGACUACGACAUCCCGGCGGCCCUGAACCCGGUCAUCGCCAGCGACGAGGCCCGAGCCGAGCUGGCCAAGAUCGAGAACAAGAUCGGCGCGUACGUGUGCCGCCUGUGCAAGCAGCGUUUCGUGGACGCCUUCGGGCUCGCCCAGCAUCGGUGCUCCAGGAUUGUGCACCUCGAGUACCGGUGCCCUGACUGCGCCAAGCUGUUCAACUGCCCGGCGAACCUGGCGUCGCACCGUCGCUGGCACCGUCCCAGGGCCGGGGGCGAGCCCCCCGGUGCGCCGCCAGGGUCCGACGAGGACGCCGGGCCCUAUGCGUGUCCUGGCUGUCCCAAGAGGUUCAGGAGGAUGGCGUACCUGCGCAAGCACGCGGUCGUGCACGCGCAAGGAUCACCCUGAUGGCAUGCGGUCCUCCAGACCAAAGCCUGUCCCGCGUCUCCGGCUUCAAGUUCCCAGGAGUGGCA